AUGACAGUCAGCCACCAGCUCCUACGAACCGGAAAGUUUUCUCAAGAUGAUAUUGCGAUUGUCGACCCAGCCGAGUGGCAUCACUACCAACCUGGAUGGACCUUAGUAGGUGGAGGCUUGAAGAACAAGGAAGACCUGCGGCAACCUCUUACAAAGCUCGUCGAUCCGAAGCUCAAGUUUUAUAACGAGCAAGUGGGCGCAUUUGCACCGGAAGAGAACCUCAUUACGCUUAGCAACGGUGACAAAGUGAACUACGAGCAGCUGGUUGUUGCCCCUGGUAUUAAUGUCGAUACUAGCACGAUCAAGGGUCUGCCCGAGGCUUUGGCUGACCCAAAAUCGCUAGUAUCAACCAUCUUCAAGUACGAUACUUGCGACAAAGCUUCGAGGAACAUCAAGGACUUCAAGAAGGGUAAUGCCAUUUUCACCCACCCAGCUGGAGCGAUUAAGUGUGCAGGUGCUCCUCAAAAGAUCAUGUGGCUGGCUUCGGACCAUUGGCAACGCACAGGCUCAUACAACUACAAAGACCCUUCCUCAUCAUCCAUCAACAUCUCCUUCGCAACCGGCCUUCCUGUCAUGUUCGGUGUACCCAAGUACAGCGCCACUCUGGAGGCGCUGCGCAAAGAGAGGGGCAUUGAAGGUCUCUUCCAACACGAUCUCGUCGAAAUCAACGGUGACACUGCCAUCUUCGCGCGUCCUGACGGCGGGGACAAAGUCACGAAGAGAUUCGAUCUACUACACGCAGUACCGAAGAUGGGCCCAUAUCCCUUCGUUAAGAACAGCGCUCUCGCUGACCAAGCCGGCUACGUCGACGUCGAUCAAGCAACGCUCCAACACAAGAAGUUCGCCAACGUCUGGUCCGCCGGCGAUGCGUCUUCGCUUCCAACUUCUAAGACCGCCGCCGCGGUCACCGCUCAAGCUCCCGUUUUAGUUAGCAACAUGCUACGAAGUAUGAAUGGACAGGAAGUCGAGACUGGCUAUGACGGAUAUACGUCAUGCCCGUUGUUGACUGAGUAUGGCAAGGUGUUGCUGGCGGAGUUCAAGUACGGUGGUGUACCGAAGGAGACGUUCGGGAAGCUGUUCGAUCAAGCCACUCCAAAGAGGGCUUUCUACUAUCUAAAGAAGGAUUUCUUCCCAUGGGUGUACCAGAACCAUAUGGUCAAGGGUCGGUGGGGUGGACCGAAGGGCUUCAUCCGGUGA